GUGUGCAUAAGUAAUUUGUUUGCUCAUAACCCAUCAUAUAUUUUCACAUUUUUUGUUUUGGCAGAUUAGAUCAAUAUCAUGUUGCUAUCAACCAUCCCUACAAAUAAAUCAAUAUCAUGUUGUGGAAGAACAAAUUAUGGCUCUAGUCAAAGUAAGCCUAAUUCUGCACAUGCUAUUGAUUUUCAAGCAAAGGUCUUUCCCAAAGAAAAUGUCAUCACUUCCCCAAAACAAGAUGAUGAUAAAACUGUCACACCCGCAGAGAAAAUACCACAACAUUUGAACUGGGAAUCGAGGAAGUUCGACUGGGUUUAUGACACUUUUGGUGGAAAAUUGCGGCAGGGGGGGCUUGUUUUUCAACAGAACUUCUCAAUUAGAUCAUAUGAUUUAGGCCCUGACGGCAAAGCAACCAUAGGGUGCUUGAUGGAACGCUUACUGGAAACAUCAGUUCAGCAUUGUAGGAGUCUUGGGCUCUAUGCUGGUGGUUUGGGUUCAACACCAGAGAUGACCAAAAGAGGCCUAGUAUGGGUGAUGUGUAAAUUGCAGACUGUAGUGGAAAAAUAUCCUUCUUGGGCUGAAGUUAUUCAAAUAGAUACCUGUACUGGUGCAUCAGGAAACAAUGGUCUGUUCCGGGAUUGGAUCGUUCGUGAUUACAGCACAGGACAGAUCUUGAUUCGAGCAACGGGUCUUCUUAUGCUGAUGCACAUGAAGACAAGGAAAUUUUCUAAAGUUACAGCAGAAAUCACAGAUGAGUUAAGAUCUGCUCUCAUGGAUUCUGAUCCUCUCAUUGACAUCAACAAUGCUAAACUAGGACGAUUGGAUAUUGAUGCUAGAAACUAUUUUCAAACAUCUGUAGCAAAGCCUGGUUGGAGUGAUUUGGAUGUCAAUCAGCACGUGAGCAGUGCAAAAUACAUAGACUGGGUUUUCAAGAGCAUUCCCUUCUCAGUGCUGGAGACUCAUGAGCUUUCGUCUAUGACGAUGGAGUAUCGAAGUGAGUGUCGGAGGGACAGCGCGGUGCAGUCUCUGACUGCAGUUGCUAGAGAUGGAACAGGUGACUCCACUCAUAACCAAGGGGUAGAGUUUGAUCACUUGCUUCGCCUCCAGACAGGGUCGAAAGUUUUGAGGGCAAGGACAGUGUGGAAGCCAAUAUGUGAUGGCUUUUUUAGCACACUGAAGAUUCCAGCAACAAAUGGAUGUACAUAACGUAUUGUGGAGAAAAAUAAUAAUUGCUACUUGCACUUGAUGGAACACUAAUAUUAUAUGUAACUAGUUUCUAAUUGUACUAAAUUUUAUUGAAUAACUGCUA